GAAGAAGUCACGUGGCAGCCGGAAAGCGUGGCGGCUGCUGCGAGAGCCUUUCCCUUCACCGCCCCCAAGGAGCUGGAGCGACAACAACGACGUCGUUUCCGUUUCCACCACCUCUUCCUUUUCCCGUCUUCGCGGACGCCGUGCCGGGCCAGUGUUAGUCUCCAUCCCUGGUUGUGGAAAGCGACAGAAGUCAUGGCGAUGUUUGAACAGAUGAGAGCUAACGUGGGCAAGUUGCUCAAGGGUAUCGACAGGUACAAUCCUGAGAACCUGGCCACCCUGGAGCGCUAUGUGGAGACGCAGGCCAAGGAAAAUGCCUACGAUCUGGAAGCCAACCUGGCUGUCCUGAAGCUGUACCAGUUCAACCCAGCCUUCUUUCAGACCACGGUCACCGCCCAGAUCCUGCUGAAGGCCCUCACCAACCUGCCGCACACAGACUUCACCCUGUGCAAGUGCAUGAUCGACCAGGCACAUCAAGAAGAAAGGCCAAUCCGACAGAUUUUGUACCUUGGGGACCUGCUGGAGACCUGCCACUUCCAGGCCUUCUGGGUAACUUCCCUGGGGUCCAGGGACAGGGGAGAUGGCAGCGCCAUGUGGAGCUGAAUGCUAAAAGUAACAAUGGUGCACAGAGCCCUGCUUCCUGCUUUGGCAGCGGGCCCAGUGCUCCGCAUGUGUGUUUUUGAGGAAUCAUCAUCCUCUCGCGGGGCAGGUACUCACAGGUCCUCCCUGUGCCCACAGGCUGAGGCCGACCCUUUCCCCUCUCUCCCGUCUUCC